AUGAGAAGUGUUAAAUCAGUUGUUAUUGGUGAUGGUGGUGUUGGUAAAACUUGUUUAUUAAUAUCCUAUACAACAAAUACAUUUCCCAAUGAUUAUAUCCCAACAGUUUUCGAUAAUUAUAGUGCUUCAGUUUUAAUUGAUGGUGAACCUAUAAAAUUAGGAUUAUGGGAUACAGCAGGCCAAUCAGAAUAUGAUAGAUUAAGACCGUUAAGUUAUCCUCAAACUGAAAUUUUCUUAGUUUGUUUUUCAGUAAUAUCACCAAAUUCAUUUGAUAAUGUUAAACAAAAAUGGAUACCAGAAAUUUUACAUCAUUGUUCAAAAGAUAUAUUAAUUUUAUUAAUUGGUACAAAAACUGAUUUAAGAGAUGACCCACAUGUAAUAGAUGAAUUAGAUUCAAAAAAUAUAAAACCAAUAACAACUCAACAAGGUUCAAAAUUGGCAAAAGAUAUUGGUGCAAUAAAUUAUAUGGAAUGUUCAGCAGCAACACAAGAUAAUGUUAAAGAAAUUUUUGAUUAUGCAAUAAGAGCAGUAUUAAAUCCACCGAAUAAAGAUGAGUCUGUGGAACAACCCGUAAAACAUGUAAAACAGCAAAAUAAUGUUGCAGCUAGUGGUCUGAGAAAGAAGGGAGUGAAAAAAGCUAAAAAAUGUAUUAUAUUAUAG